AUGGACGAGUUCAUGCAGCAAUCUCAAAUGCGACAGGGAGGUCCGCGACCCGAUGUGACAACUCCAGACAAUGGAGAGGUUAUUCAUAUCUCAUCCCUUGCUCUUUUGAAGAUGCUCAAACAUGGAAGGGCUGGUGUACCCAUGGAAGUCAUGGGUCUUAUGCUGGGAGAGUUUGUGGACGAAUAUACCGUCCAAGUCAUCGACGUGUUCGCCAUGCCGCAGUCAGGAACAACCGUUAGUGUUGAGUCAGUGGAUCAUGUUUUCCAAGCCAAGAUGGUGGAUAUGUUGAAGCAAACCGGACGACCUGAGAUGGUUGUAGGCUGGUACCAUUCACAUCCUGGCUUUGGCUGUUGGCUGUCAAGCGUGGAUAUAAAUACGCAACAGUCAUUUGAAUCCCUCAAUUCCCGUUCAGUUGCCGUUGUUGUGGACCCGAUCCAAUCUGUGAAGGGAAAAGUCGUAAUCGACGCCUUCCGCCUGAUCAACCCCCAAACCGUUAUCUCUGGCCGUGAACCCCGUCAGACGACAUCAAACAUUGGACAUAUCAACAAGCCAUCGAUCCAAGCUCUGAUACACGGUCUCAACCGGCACUAUUACUCCAUUGCCGUCAAUUACCGAAAAACAGAACUUGAGCAAGCAAUGUUGAUGAACUUGCACAAGAGAAACUGGACGGAAGGGCUGCGACUUCGUGAUUUCCACUCGCAUAAAGAGGACAACGAGAAAGCCAUUAAGUCGAUGCUCACACUUUCAGAAGCAUAUAACAAAUCUGUGCAAGAAGAAUCUACAUUGACUGCUGAGCAACUCAAAACACGGCAUGUGGGCAAGCAAGACCCCAAACGUCAUCUCGAAGAAGCAGUCGAAAAGGCGAUGGGGGAUCAGGUUGUGCAGAACCUUGGAACCAUGUUACUGGCGGAACUGUGA